AUCUUUUUGCACUUUUUCUGUACUUCCCAUAUUCCUAACCUCUUCCGUAUUCAUUUGUAAGAUUUUUAGUAUGUAGUAUGAGAUAUCCACGUGUAAUUAUUAUUAGAUCGUGAGAAGAAGAAAAAGAUCGACGCGAAAUCAUGGAAAAUAAGAAUAAAGUACAAUAUCUUAUUGUUGAUACAAGCGCUUUCAUAAAAAAUGCUGCCUUACAGGAUAUUGGAGUCAAUAUUUUAACUGAACAAGCUGUGGUUAACGAAAUCACAAGCAAGAGACAGCUGAGAAGAUUAGUUGUAUUGCCAUAUGACUUAAAGGUUCAAGAGGCUUUUCCUGAGAACAUCAAAUUUGUGACUGAAUUUGCAAAAAAAAGCGGCGACUACACCAGUUUAUCCGCUACCGACAUCAAAGUAAUUGCACUUACAUAUCAACUGGAAAAAGAAAAAGUUGGAACUGCACAUUUGAAAGAUAUGCCAACGAUAAGAACAAUUAAAUCUGCGGCAGAUAGAGAGUCGGAAGGCGAUCCUAAACUACCAGUUGGUUUCUACAUGCCAAAGAAAAAAGAGAAAAAAGAAUUGGAUGUAAAUAAUGAAAAUGUAGAGGCUUCUUUAAACAACGUUACCGAAAAAACUGAUGUUGUUGAAGAAAAUAUCACAUGCGUACAGAUUGUAGGUGAUAUGGCAAUAGAUACAAGAGACAAUGUGGAGCAACUUACUCCUUAUGCGUCCGCAACCUCAGAAGAAUCGGAAUCAGAUUAUGAAACGGCGUCAGAUGAUGAAGAUAAUAAAAAAAAAUAUAAAACGGACGAUUUAGUUGAUAAAUUUUCCAAGCUACAGUUCAAUCCAGCUGAUUUAGAAGUAUUGGAUGAGGAUAAGAGCAAGUAUGUUGUGGACGACAUUCUUUCUCCUGUUGAUACAACGUCCAAAAGUGAUGAAUCAUUUGAGGAUGAUUAUGAAGAUGAAGACGAUGAUGACAAUGAUGACGACGAUGAUGAUGACAGUGGAUGGAUCACCCCAACAAAUGUUUCUAAUGUAAAGAAACAAAUGGGCGCGGCGAUUCUCGAAGAGAAGGCUGCAACUGUCGCAUGCUUGACGAUGGAUUUUGCAAUGCAAAAUGUACUCAUGCAAAUAGGACUGAAUGUAGUUGCAUUGGAUGGCAGAGUGAUUAAACAGAUGCGAACGUUCAUAUUUCGAUGCUACGCCUGUUUCAAAACUACUAGUGUUAUGACGAAAAUUUUUUGCCCGCACUGUGGUAACAGGACAUUGAAAAAAGUGGAAGUCACAUUAGACGAAAAUGGGAAACAACAAAUUCACAUCAAUUUUCGGAGACCUCUCUCGGCCAGAGGAAAGAAGUACUCGUUACCAAUGCCGAAAGGUGGAAAACACGCCAACAAUCCUAUUUUAUGCGAGGAUCAACCUAUGCCAGAUCAACGCCCGACACGUUUGGCGCGCACGAAAAACGAUCCGCUUGACGACGACUACAUAGCUGGAUACUCUCCGUUCGUUAUGCGCGACAUAAACUCCAAGUCAGCUAUGUUGGGCAUAAGACCUGAUGACACUGUCAAGAACUGGAUGAGAAGAAACCCCAAUGAAUGCAGAAGAAGACGAAAAUAAAAGCUUUUUAUCAUUAAAAAUCAAUGUUUUUUUAUUUUGAGGAUUCACGAUCUUUUAUCAUUAUGUUUCCUUCUAUAAAUGUCCGUAAAUGUCAUUUCGAAAUAUGAAUCUAAUUAUGUCAGAUAAUUAUAAUUUUUUGAUAUUUUUUAUUGUAAUAUACAUGUAAUAAAAGCUUUAUUUAGAAUA